CGAAACAUGGACCUAAUUGUGAAAAUCGUUUCGCUCUUCUUUCUAAUUGCGUUAGUAAAGUCAACACCAGUCAGCGAUGAUUUGAAACAUGAUUGCAUAGUUUCAUAUUUGCAAUCAAAAUCAUUCUAGGACGAUAGCUUUGGAAAACCAUCAGAGCAUGCUGAUUGCUCAACCAUCAUAACAGAACAAAAACAAAAGGCAGUAGAAAAAUCGGUUAAAGAAAAUAAUGAACCAAACAAAUUUGACUCUAAAUGUGUGGAAGAAAAGAUGACUGAGAAGCACUUUGCAGAUUUGGAGUUUAAAAAGAAAUUUACCAAAGUGCAAGCCAUUUAUCAUCAGAAUUAAAGGAAGAAAAGGUAAAAGAGAUCAAUCACGAAAUUGCAGAUCUUUUCGAAUCGGAUGUUUCAAAUUGCUUUAACUUUGGUGAAUUGUUUAAAGCUACCCUCGCGAAUGGUCGAACAAAAAUGUCAGCUGGUAAUGAACGCAGUUAUUGCUUAUGUCGUCGAUCAUAAUCUGAUUAAUACAAGCGAGUAUCAUGUGAUUCUAAAUCCAAAAAAUCUUGAUAUAAGUGAAGUUGAUUGUGAUGCUGAAAUAGAAGAUGAAAGGAAAUCAAUGUUGUCAGAAUUCAAUCCAAAAGUUCCAAUUCAUAAGUGCACCUUAGAAAAAUUUAAAGAAAUACGUUUCUUCGACAACAUGAUUCGAAAUAUGAUUCUGGGAGAAUUGG